AUUUAUUGGUGGAAGGGGAUUAACAGAGCUCAUAUUUGGACUUUGGAUAUUCAAAAUCUUGGAACUCUACCAAAAAUAUAAAGCCUUCGAAAACCCCAAACCUUUGAUAGAUGGAAGAAAAUGAAAUCUUGGAACUCUACCACCUUCAAUACGCCGAUCUCAUGGCGUUGUCGUCCCUCCAAAUUCCCACAUCAAACCAUGAAAUCCAACGCCUCGCAUCCAUUUCCAUAUCGAUAAUGCAAAGCCUCGGCCGUAACGGCCCGGGCCUUCUCUCCAUUACCGGUGUCCCUGCUGCCCAAACCUCCCAAACUCUGCUCCCUUUGGCCCGAAAGCUUGCUCUUCUCAGCAACGAUGAUCGGAAAAGGAUCCUCAAGGAUCAUAAUCUGGGGAGCGAUGUUCCGUUGAAGGAUUUGAAUAGAACCGUGUCUUCUUUUGCAAUGCAAAUGAAGUAUGAUGAUGAAUUCAAAUUUGGAUUUGGGGAUAGGGCAAUGUCUAACGAGGUUGAAUCAGGGGAAUUUAAGGAUCUAGGGUUUGCAUUUCGAGAAUUAGGGUUGUGUAUGAUGGAAUUGGGGCUUUGUCUUGCUCGAGUUUGUGAUCAACAAAUUGGUGGGUGUGAGCUGGAACAGAGCUUAUUGCAGAGUGGUACAGCGAAAGGGCGGUUGAUACAUUAUCACUCUGUUGCUGAUAAUGCUGCCAUCAACGAGGCGGAGAAUAGGAAGCGCCGUAGCAGGGUUAAUUUGGGGGAGAAUUGUAAAUCUGAUUGUGGUGAUGGUUGUAACUCAAAGCUGUGGCAGCAGUGGCAUUACGAUUAUGGGAUUUUUACGAUUUUGACAACGCCUAUGUUUAUGUUGUCGAAUGGAAGUGAUGAGCGAGAAUGCGACUCUCCUAGUGGCCAUACCUACCUGCAAGUGUUUCAUCCAGAGAUGAACCGUGUGGUUAUGGUGAAGGCGCCACGAGGGAGUUUUAUUGUUCAGGUAGGAGAAUCAGCAGAUGUUUUAUCAGGAGGGAGGCUUAGAGCCACUCUCCAUAGUGUUUCUAGACCCGUCAAGAUGGAGAAUUUGAGUAGGGAGACUUUUGUUAUAUUUCUACAGCCGGCAUGGAGCAAGACGUUUUCACUCUAUCGUUCUCUUGUUUCGUGA